AUGCGGCGCCGUGUACCGCAGCGGGCAGAGUCGCCAGCUGAGCUGCUCUUGGGUAGGAGACUGGUAACGGUGCUGGAUUAUGUCCACCCGGAUAAAAUGCCAAACCAUAAUUCAAGAGCAACCCCCCAGGCUGAGACUGACACAACAAGGUAUCUCGCCCCUGAAGAUCUGGUCUGGGUGAGGAACUAUUCACGAGGUUCGCGGUGGGUGGCUGGUGUGGUCACCCGGGCUAGUGGACCUGUGUCCUAUUAUGUGACCUUGGAAAAUGGGCAAGUGUGGAAGAGACAUAUAGAUCAGCUGAGGCGCCGGGCGCUCAGCAGGGAGGAGCCAGAUAAUUCAUCCCAGGCUAACGACGCAGAGCCGCAAGACCAGAGUGAAAAUGGCCCAGAGGUGCAAGCACCAGGGGCUUUAGCAAAUGAACCAGGGUCUGCUAGUCCUCACGAUGACGAGGUACAGAUAGGGGACCCUGAGAUGUCGGGGACUCCAUCUGUUCCUGACGAAACCCCUAGAGCAGACCCUCUACCACAGGUAACACCCAAUCCAGAACCGGCAACACCUGUUGUCAAGAGAUCAAGUAGAAGUUGUAGGCCCCACAGUACCUGAGAGAUUACGUCUGCUGUGCUCACUAGGGGAAGGGGUGUUGUGUAUUGAGUCAAAGGAUUUUAUAUCUGUAUUGUAUUGUCUGUAUUUGCAUUAGGGUAAAGUAACUGCCUUUUGGUUCCAGAGGGUACAGCUACUAUUGGUUCAUUUAAGCUGCUGUAUUUGGAUCCUGUGUAUUUUUGGUUCCCUCCAAAAGGCAGGACUGUGAUUGCCUGAUAUUGUUCCCUCCAAAAUGUAUCCUUUCUUGCUAGUUCCCUGUCCCUAUAAAUGUAGCUUUCCUCUUCCCAGUCUGGAGUCUUGUUGCUUUAAUAAAGAAGUGUUACUAGAGAACUGUCUCCAGCAUGUUAUAUCAGGAGAGCUGAAAUCACAAACCCCACGUCACAACAGGCACAACAUAAAUAAAAGCAUAUAAAUAAAGUAUUAUGUUGUUGUUGUUGUUGUUGUUGUUGUUGUUGUUGUUGUUGUUCCAGAGCUUGGCCAAAGUUUGGCAGGAGCACCAAAAUCCCCCAGAGCCAUUUUGGAAGCCCACUGGAUCCAUCCUGUCAGCUCAGGCAGGGAGACUGCUGGGCAGCAAAGUGGGUGGUAAACCAGCAGAAUCCCUCAUCUGUCCCAGUUGCCCAAUGCCAGCAACACACACUCCAGAUUCCUGUCCCCACCCCCCAGCAGAGAGCCUGGAGAGAGGAAGAGAAUUUUGUGAUAAACCACAGCUACUUCCCCUCCCCAACCUUCAAAUCUGCCCUGAUGCUGCCCUGAGUAUCCAGAUUUUUAACAAAUAGGUGAGGCCCCAGGGGUUCAGAUCAGGCCUGUGAGAGGACGUACAUCUCUUUUUUUUAAAAAAUGAUAUUUAUUAAGAAUUUUAGAAAUACAGAAAAAACAAAGAAGAGAAAGAAAGAGAAAAAACAAAAGAAAAACAAACCACAAUCAAACAAUACAAAUUGAUAAAAAUCAAAAUCAAAAAAUAAGAACAAAGCACGUAACACAACACAAUCAAAAAGCAAAAAUAAGCCACAAACAUUUAAAAACAAAUCCAAUAUUCUCGAAUCCUUAGCUGUCAUUACCUUCUUUCUUUGACCUCCUCAGUCCUCCCUUUUUUGGUAUCCUAGUUGUUAAUUGUCACAGCAAAUCCUUUCCAUCUUUCAUAAUAUUCUGUCAUUACAUUACCUUAAUCUAUUUUAACCUUUAUCUUACUAUAAAAGACCCUAAAACUUAAAACUUAGAUCUUAUUUAUACCAAUUUCUCAUAACCAUAACAUAUUCUUACAUAAUUCUUUUAACAUUUUUGCUAAAGCCAAAUGAUUUCGUUCCAACAUUUUUCUAACAUUCAUCAAUUUUAUAAAGCAAUCCUAAUAAAAAAAAAAUUUCUUCCAAUCUUCAUCCAGCAUCUCUUCCUCCUGGUCCCGGGUUUUGUCAGUCCUUUCUAUCCCAUCAAUCUAGCGCAUUAACCUGGUAAUCUUAUGUCCGAGGCCCUUAAGUCUCUUCCAUGUCCCUUCCGCGGCUCUUCUUCAUAUUUAUACCUGUACUUUACUUUGUCUCCUGCUUCUUUCAAUCAUGGGAACUCCAACUUGACAGUGCUUUUGACCCUUCUCGACAAAUCAGUCCCUUUUCCAUAUUCCACACUAAACUCCAUGUGGUAUUUAAAAACAUGUUUCAAAGUCCCUCCAGAAUUAAGAGCCCCCACAACCCCAAACAUCUCACGGCCCAUUGCCAGACUUGAAAAGUCCAAACAUCCCUGCAUAGGGGGGUCUAUCCAACCCCCCAUUUCCAAACCAAACCAAACUUUAUCUUUCCAAAUCUGGCUUUUUCCAAGUUCAUUUGUCAGAUCCAAGAACUCAUGUUCCUGCUGGGCCACAGCUCCCUCCAUCUCUGGCGCCCGAGGUUCAGCAAUCUCCUCUUCCCUCAUCUGAUCUGUCAGAGCACGCUCUUGAUUUAAUUCCUGGGUGGGCUCUAUAUAGUACAUCUUUUGUCUAUUCCCUCAAAUAAAAGGUUCUUGACUGCACUCCCAGCUAUGCCCACCCAGAUAUUUACUGCAGCAUCAGCAUGGGGUGAAGAGUUAAUGGUCUUAUUUUAAUCUUUCUGAGCUUCCUAGAUGAAUGUGUGUUAUCACGUGGCCACAGAAAUGAACUUAACAAAAAUAAUUGAAGUCCGCACAGAAAUACAAAGUUGGUCCCUUAAAUUCCCUAUCUUGUUUUCUUUUUCUUUUCUUCCUCCAUAUCUGGCUUGACUCAAAGACAUCCUUACUAGGAACUUGGACGAUGGUUGGAUGGUAUAUUCAAAGGACAUUCUAUUUCUUUUCUCUUGAGCUACGCUCAUGGAUGGAUUCCAAAAAAUACUGUGAGCAGGAGGGCGCCAGGCUCAUUUCUGUGGAAACAAGGGAAGAACAGGUGAGCAUCAAAGCUGAGUACAGGAAGGUAGGAGAUCUCCUUGAGCCAAAGGCUCCUGUCAUCACCAUCCAUUUAAGAAGCUCCAAUCCACCUGUAUGCAGCCAAGACAGCAACUCCAUCAGUCAAGCCUAGGGGUGGGUGGGGCAGGGAGCAGCUGCUACCAUCUGGGACUCACUAAGGUUUCUUGGAGCUGCUGAGCUCUAAUAGAAUGAAGCUGGCAGUCAGGAAAGAGGUCUUGGAGGAGGAGGAGAUACUUGAGGGGCUUCUAUCCCUUGGCUUGCCGGUAAAUUCUUCCUCUGCUCUGUAGAGUCUUCCUCUGCUCCACCCUAACCCUCUGGCAUGAGAGUAUCAUGGAGAUGACUCUAGAGGACCUUGCAAGGUAUAUCCCUCUCCCAGCCCCUUAGCCCAGGUAGAGGGGCUACUGGGGUGCUGCAGGGCACAGACAUGAGUGAGACCCCAUCAUCAGUCCUUCAAGCAUACCACAGCCAGACUGAUUCCAGUGUCUCUGGAAUCAACAAGCAAGCAUGGAUGCAGAAAUUGGAGUGUUUGCUACACGGUCACUGUCCUGCUAGAUGGUUUCAAGACAAACUGUUUUAUGGCACAGUCAUUUACAGUAUCUGGAAAUUUUAACUCUGUUUCAUGAAAGACAUACGUAUGGAAAGACAUAUGUAGCCAGUCUUGGUGAGGGCAGGUGAAGUUACCCUUCACUGUAAUAUUUCCUCUUUGGGAUGCUUCCUUGAUUCCAUCAUCAUCAGCAUCAUCAUAAUUUGGAUCAGGAGGACAAUAGCACAUCCUCAGUACACAAUUAUUCUUGGUGCUUGAUGCAACCUUACUUGGAGUACUAUGUACAGUGGUACCUUGGUUCUCAAACUUAAUCCGUUCCAGGAGUCCAUUCCAAAACCAAAGCAUUUCAAAACCAAGGCGUGCUUUCCCAUAGAAAGCAAUGCAAAACAGAUUAAUCCAUUCCAACCUUAUAAAAGCAUCCUCUAAAACAGCAAUUUAAAUGAAUUUUACUAUCUAACGAGACCACAAAAUGAAAGCAAGAAUCUAUGUAAUGUGCUGUAAAAUUAAUAAGAAGCAUCGUAGAAAUUAAAAUUAUUUUUUUUUCUUACCUGCACUGAUGAUAGUCAUUGUUUGGAUGGGAUGCUUUUAACCAUUUCCACAAUCACACAAUCAAUCAAUCAAUCAACAAGUAGCUGAACUGGGUUCCACAUUCACAAAAACAAAUUAAGCAAAAAAGCCUAAAAAACAAAAAGGCAAAAUAAAUAGCAAAACCCAAAACGCCAAAUUUAAUCCAUUCCGGAAGUCCAUUUGAUUUGUGAAAUGUUUGAAAACCAAGGAGCAUCUUCCGGUUAGUGCAGGCACCCUGGGAACAAUAGCCAGACAGGCUCAUCGGACAUUCGGCUUCUGAAAAAUGUUCAGAAACUGGAACACUUACUUCCAGGUUUUUGCGUUUGGGAACCAAGGUGUUUGAGUACCAAGGUGUUUGAGAACAAAGGUACCACGGUAUAGUUUUGAUCACUGCUUCUUAGAAAAAUGUGUAUUGGACUUCCAAUGGUGACACCUGCUCCUUUUGAAACGUAUUUGUUUUGUGCCUGUUGAAUGUCGGUAAAGGGCUGUAGUCUCCCAGAGAAAGGAACAUUGUCUAGAAGGGCUUUGAGAGAAGUGCCUUGCUCCUCAUUGCUACUGAUGAUUUUCUGUUUUUUCUUUCUCCCUUCCCCUACCCUAGUUCUUUAUAAACCAGCAAGUAAAAGGCCGUAAAAUGCUUUUUUGGAUUGGACUCUUUAAAGACAAGGGAGGGACAUGGAGAUGGACAUCAGGAAUGAGUGCUGAAACCAC